AUGUCGAGAUUAAAUGAAUAUCAAGUGAUCGGUCGCCGUUUACCUACCGAGUCAGCACCGGAACCUAAAUUGUUCCGUAUGAGAAUCUUUGCCCCAAAUACUGUUGUUGCAAAAUCAAGAUACUGGUAUUUCUUACAAAAAUUACACAAGGUUAAAAAGACUUUAGGUGAAAUUGUCUCAGUGAAUGUCAUCAGCGAGGCUAAACCAACCAAGGUCAAGACUUUUGGUAUUUGGAUCAGAUACGAAUCAAGAUCAGGUAUUCACAACAUGUACAAAGAGUAUAGAGAUGUCACUAGAGUUGGUGCUGUUGAAACCAUGUACCAAGAUUUGGCUGCUAGACACAGAGCUAGAUUUAGAAACAUCCACAUUUUGAAGGUUGUUGAAUUACAAAAAUCCGAUGACGUAAAGAGACAAUAUGUUAAACAAUUUUUGACCAAGGACUUGAAAUUCCCAUUGCCACACAGAGUACAAAAGCAACAGAAAUUGUUCCAAGCUCACGCUCCAACCACCUUCUACUAG